AUGAGCGAGGAAGUUGUUGAACUGACGGUGGAGCAAGUAGCCGAGGCUAGCGGAGGAAAGCUAUCCCGGCGGAGGAUGAGGAGGAAAGACGCCGCAGAGGGCGGCGGCAACGGAUUGGUGAAGUGGGAGAGGUUUCUCCCGAAAAUCGCGUUGAGAGUUUUGCUCGUCGAAGCAGACGACUCUACUAGACAGAUUAUCUCUGCUCUCCUCAGGAAAUGCAGUUACAGAGUUGCUGCUGUACCUGAUGGCUUGAAGGCAUGGGAGAUGCUAAAAGGCAACCCCGAAAGCGUUGAUCUGAUAUUAACAGAGGUUGAUUUGCCUUCAAUAUCUGGUUACCCUCUUUUGACACUUAUCAUGGAGCAUGAUACCUGCAAGAACAUUCCUGUCAUAAUGAUGUCAAAACAGGACUCGGUGAACACUGUGUAUAAGUGCAUGUUGAAAGGUGCCGCUGACUAUCUUGUGAAGCCGUUGAGGAGAAAUGAGCUGAGAAAUCUCUGGCAACAUGUCUGGAGAAGACAAACUUUACUUGCUCCUGGUAGUAGCUUUCCUCUGGAUGAGAGUGUUGGACAGCAGAAACCUGAAGGUGCGUCUGCAAACAACUCGCUUGAGAGAAACGAACAUCCUGUAAUUGGGAAUGGUGGUGAUACUCAGAGCUCAUGUACAAGACCAGAGAUGGAAGGCGAGAGCGCAGACGUGGAAGACACGUUACAGAAGGAGAGCGCAGAGCCUCUGUACAAUGUGAGCUCAUCGAAAGAAGCCAUUGACUUCAUGGGAGCGUCGUCGUUAAGAAGAAACGGACAACGAAACAGAGAAGAAAGUGUUGCCAACUACGAAUCUCGGAUAGAGCUUGAUCUCUCUCUGAGAAGACCUAACAACAACACUUCCGAGGACCAAUCUUCUGGAGACCGGCCUGCUCUUAACCCUUCUAGUGCCUCUGCUUUCACAAGGUACGUUCACAGGCCGUUGCAGACACAAUGUUCUGUCUCUCCCUUGGUUUCCGACCAAAGAAAGAAUGUUACAGCAAAUCAAGAUGAUAACAUUGUCCUAAUCAACCAAUACAAUACAUCCGAACCGAUUCCAAAUGCUCCGAGAAGAAACGAGGCUUGCUUUUACACUGGAGCUGAGUCACAAGGUCCACCGUUUAGCAAUCAGAUGAUUUCUUGGACGGGACAGAGCUCUUACCCAACACCAGUUCCUAUCAAGAGCAUACAGUUCACUGGUCCUAACACAACAGCUUAUGCAUCAGCCAUGGCUCCUGCUUCACACUCUCCAAGCCCGACUUCUGUUAGCCCGCAUGAGUACAGCUCCAUGUUUCACCCGUUCAACGGUAAGCCCGAGGGUUUGCAAGAGCGGGAUGGUUCCAUGGAUGUAGAGGAGAGAAGACACGUCUCUUCUGCAACCCAACAUAGUGGAGUAGGCAAUCACAGUGAUGCAGAGAAGAAGAACGAAGAUGGGUACUCGUCGUCUGUUGGGAAGAUUCAGCAAUCUCUUCAACGGGAAGCUGCACUGACCAAAUUCCGGAUGAAGCGCAAGGACCGCUGUUUUGAUAAAAAGGUCCGUUAUGAGAGCCGGAAGAAAUUAGCAGAGCAACGGCCGAGGAUUAAAGGACAAUUCGUUCGUCAAGUCCAGUCCACUGAGACUUCAACACAAACUCCACAGUGA